GCCUGCCGCCUGCCGGGGCUGUACUCGCACGUAGCAACGUCGCUCGGCUCUUUCCACGCCAGAUUCUGAUCCGGUCGGCUUUAGUAAAUCUGAGACCGGACCUUCUGUCAGACUUGGGAUCCGGAUUCUUCACGCUUUUUGUUUUGUUUUUUUUUUGUUUUUUUUUGGUGGCGUCUACAUCAGUGCGCGCGCCCUGUGCUCAACAUGCAGAAGAGAAGGAAGCCCGAGCCGAUCCAACUCAACCCCAUUCCUGAUGGGAACGCUAUAAACGGUACCGGUACUACAGAAACAAACUUGGAGGCCCUGCAGAAGAAACUGGAAGAGCUGGAGCUGGACGAACAGCAGCGGAAGCGCCUGGAGGCCUUCCUGACACAGAAGCAAAAGGUCGGGGAGCUGAAGGACGACGACUUUGAGAAGAUCUGCGAGCUGGGCGCAGGCAACGGUGGGGUGGUCUUCAAGGUAUCCCACAGACCCUCCGGUCUCAUUAUGGCGAGGAAGCUGAUCCACCUAGAGAUUAAACCAGCCAUCCGGAACCAGAUUAUUAGAGAGCUGCAGGUGCUACACGAGUGCAACUCCCCCUACAUCGUGGGCUUCUAUGGGGCCUUCUACAGCGACGGAGAAAUCAGCAUCUGCAUGGAGCAUAUGGACGGUGGCUCCCUGGACCAGUCGCUAAAGAAAGCGGGCAAGAUCCCAGAGCAGAUCCUCGGCAAAGUCAGCAUCGCUGUCAUCAAGGGGCUGUCCUACCUGAGAGAGAAACACAAGAUCAUGCACAGAGACGUCAAACCCUCCAACAUCCUGGUGAACUCCCGUGGCGAGAUCAAGCUGUGUGACUUCGGGGUGAGCGGGCAGCUCAUUGACUCCAUGGCCAACUCCUUCGUGGGCACUCGCUCCUACAUGUCUCCAGAGCGUCUCCAGGGCACCCAUUACUCUGUCCAGUCAGACAUCUGGAGUAUGGGCCUGUCUCUGGUGGAAAUGGCUAUCGGCCGUUUCCCCAUCCCACCGCCCGACGCGAAAGAGCUGGAGCAGAUCUUUGGCUUCCCGGUAGAGGGGGAAGGAUCCCCCGGUGAGUCUUCGCCCAAGCCUCGACCCCCUGGCCGACCAGGAAGCUCGUAUGGACCGGACAGCAGACCUCCGAUGGCUAUUUUUGAAUUGCUUGACUACAUAGUCAAUGAGCCCCCACCUAAACUACCUGGGAUAUUUGGAUCGGAAUUCCAAGACUUCGUGAACAAAUGUUUGAUAAAGAAUCCAGCAGAAAGAGCAGACCUGAAACAGCUGAUGGUCCACCCUUUCAUCAAGCAGUCUGAAGCAGAGGAAGUGGACUUUGCCGGCUGGUUGUGUAGUACCAUUGGACUCAAUCAGCCUGUGACCCCCACCCACAGCAUAGGGGUUUGAUACCCUCCAUCCACACCACACUUCAACCGGACCAAUGAGCAGCUCUGCUACAAUCAACCCCCCCCCCCCCGCACUCUCCAUUAAUGACUGUUUUACUGAGAAAAAAACAGUUUAAAUACAUAUUGCAAAUUAUACUGUGCAAUCACUAGUUGUACAUUAAGAGUAUAAGUCUUACAUGCCAAGUGAAAUUAACCUUAUGUAUUGAACAAAUCUUUGGCUUGUGCGACAGGCCUGCUUGAAAAGCCAUUUUUUUCUAAUUGUGAUCAAAUCCUUUGUUUGUG